AUGUGUGCUGGAUUAGAUUGUUGUUUUACAUUAUUAUUUUUGAGCAUACGAUCUGUGUUGCUGUAUGAAAUGCCAUUUUUAAUACUAAUGCCUUUUUUGUUUUGUUUGAAAAUCUUGAAUUGCUGGUGCGCAGAGAAUGAGAUUGUUCAGAUGUUCCAGCCCCCAGUUCGUCGGAGUGAGGAGGCAGUAGCAACCACUGGACCAAGGUACACGCAUUCCAUACGAGUCAUGGAUGAGAGGUUCAUUAGGAUCCUGAAGAUAUUCAAGUGGGGCCCUGAUGCUGAGAAGGCGUUGGAGGUAUUAAUGAUGAAAGUUGAUCACUGGUUGGUAAGAGAGGUUAUGAAAACCGAUGUUGGGGUCAGUGUGAAGAUGCAAUUUUUCAGAUGGGCAGCAAGGAAGAGGAAUUAUGAACACGACACAUCUACCUACAUGGCAUUGAUACGUUGUUUAGAGGUAGUAGAGCAGUAUGGUGAAAUGUGGAAAAUGAUCCAAGAAAUGGUACGUAAUCCUGUGUGUGUUGUCACGCCGAUGGAGCUAUCAGACAUCAUCCGGAUGCUGGGGAAUGCCAAGAUGAUCAGUAAGGCAGUUGCAAUCUUUUACCAAAUCAAGGCACGAAAGUGUCAACCCACUGCUCAGGCAUAUAAUAGCAUGAUAAUCAUGUUAAUGCAUGAGGGGGAGUAUGAGAAAGUGCAUGAACUUUACAAUGAGAUGAGCAACGAGGGCCAAUGCUUCCCAGACACCGUGACUUACAGUGCACUCAUUUCUGCUUUCUGCAAACUUGGUCGCCAGGAUUCAGCAAUUUGGUUGUUGAAUGAGAUGAAGGACAAUGGAAUGCAGCCAACUGCUAAGAUAUAUACCAUGCUAAUGGCUUUGCUCUUUAAAUUGGACAAUGUUCAUGGAGCAUUGAGUUUGUUUGAAGAGAUGAGGCAUCAGUACUGCCAACCAGAUGUGUUUACUUACACUGAAUUAAUUAGGGGACUUGGUAAAGCUGGGAGAUUUGAUGAAGCAUAUAACUUCUUCUAUGAAAUGCGACGAGAAGGCUGCAGGCCAGACACAGUUCUUAUGAAUAAUAUGAUAAAUUUCUUGGGCAAGGCUGGUCGUUUGGAUGAUGCUAUGAAGUUGUUUGAGGAGAUGGAGACAUUAAGGUGUAUUCCUAGCGUGGUGACCUACAACACUAUAAUAAAAGCACUUUUUGAAUCUAAAUCCCGGAUUUCUGAGAUUUCAUCAUGGUUCGAGAGAAUGAAGGAAAGUGGAAUCUCCCCUAGUCCAUUCACCUACUCAAUCUUGAUUGAUGGAUUCUGCAAAACCAACAGGACGGAGAAGGCUAUGAUGCUGCUGGAGGAGAUGGAUGAAAAGGGCUUCCCUCCAUGUCCAGCGGCAUAUUGCAGCCUGAUUGAUGCUCUUGGAAAAGCCAAACGGUAUGAUCUUGCACACGAGCUAUUUCAGGAGCUAAAAGAAAAUUGUGGCUCCUCUAGUGCUCGAGUGUAUGCGGUUAUGAUAAAACACUUAGGGAAGGCUGGACGGCUUGAUGAUGCUGUAGAUCUGUUUGAUGAGAUGAACAGACUUGGUUGCACUCCUAAUGUUUAUGCUUACAACGCCCUCAUGUCCGGAUUGGCAAGAGCAGGCAUGCUUGAUGAAGCCCUUACUACAAUGAGAAGAAUGCAAGACCAUGGGUGUAUUCCUGAUAUCAAUUCAUACAAUAUUAUCCUGAAUGCACUGGCAAAAACAGGAGGUCCUGAUCAUGCAAUGGGGAUGCUUUCUAAUAUGAAACAGUCUGCAAUAAAACCAGAUGCUGUGUCAUAUAAUACUGUUCUUGGUGCCUUGAGUCAUGCAGGCAUGUUUGAGGAGGCAGCUAAAUUGAUGAAAGAGAUGAAUGCGUUAGGAUUUGACUAUGAUCUUAUUACAUAUUCAUCUAUACUUGAGGCGAUUGGAAAAGUUGAUCAAGAAUGA